CUCUCUCUUCCCCCACAAUAUAAAUAAGAGACAGGUGCAAGCAGAUGCAGACACAGAGUCAUCCUCCACCGAGACAAGACGGAUAAGAACAAUCUCCACGACAACAACAACUGGUGUAAGAGAGAGAGAGGGAGAGAGAAUCUCUGAUAAUAUGGAGAGAAAAGCCCUCGAGGUCGAGACUAAUCACAAACCCUCCGACGGCAAUGGCGGCUCUGCGGCCGAGGAGUUGCCGGAGAAAGUCGUCUACAGAGGGUGGAAAGUCAUGCCCUUUAUUAUUGGGAAUGAGACAUUCGAGAAGCUGGGGAUAAUAGGGACGUUAUCGAACCUCCUGGUGUAUCUUACGUCAGUCUUUAACAUGAAGAGCAUUACAGCAGCGACUCUCAUCAAUGCCUUCAGUGGCACCAUCAGCUUCGGAACUUUCAUCGCCGCUUUUCUCUGCGACACUUACUUCGGCCGUUACAAGACACUCACUGUCGCUGUCAUCGCUUGUUUUCUGGGAUCACUGGCGAUACAACUAACAGCUGCAAUCCCAUCUCUACACCCAACUCCUUGCGGGACGAAGCAGGGAAGCGAAUGUCAGGGGCCAAAUGCCGGGCAGAUAGCGUUUUUGUUGAUGGGUUUGGGAUUUCUCGUGGUAGGAGCCGGUGGUAUCAGACCAUGCAACUUAGCCUUUGGAGCCGAUCAGUUUAACCCGAAAACCGAGUCAGGGAAAAGAGGGGUCGACACUUUCUUCAACUGGUACUUCUUCACCUUCACGUUCGCUCAGAUCGUGUCCUUGACGCUGAUUGUGUAUGUACAGUCCAACGUUAGCUGGACCAUCGGUCUAGCCAUCCCGGCUAUUCUCAUGUUCCUGGCCUGUCUCAUCUUCUUUGCGGGUGAUAAAAUGUACGUGAAAGUGAAAGCGUCUGGUAGUCCUUUGGCCGGUAUAACUCAAGUUAUAGUGGUUGCUGUCAAGAAGCGGGGAUUGAAGCCGGUGAAGCAGCCCUGGCUUAAUCUCUUCAACUACAUUCCGCCAAAGUACGCUAACUCGAGCCUUGGAUACACCGCCCAGUUCACGUUUCUUGACAAAGCGGCGAUCUUGACCCCCGAGGACAGGUUAAACCCUGAUGGGUCGCCGGCCGAGCCAUGGAAGCUCUGUACAAUGCAGCAAGUCGAGGAAAUGAAAUGCAUUCUGAGAGUUCUCCCGAUCUGGUUUGCAGCCGCGAUUUACUUCCUAGCCAUAACUCAGCAGAUGACGUAUCCAGUGUUCCAGGCUCUUCAGAGCGACAGGCGGCUAGGCUCUUUGGACUUCCAGAUCCCGGCUGCCACCUACGUCGUGUUCUUGAUGACAGGAAUGACGGUUUUCAUCGUAAUUUACGACCGUCUCUUUGUCCCGUUCAUGAGAAGGCUCACGGGAAAGGACACCGGGAUCACAAUCUUACAGAGGAUGGGAACUGGUAUAGCAUUUGCAGUGGUGAGCAUGGUGGUCUCGGGGAUCGUGGAAGAACGGAGGAGGACCAUAGCGUUGACAAAGCCGACGCUCGGGAUGGCUCCCCGAAAGGGCGCAAUCUCGUCCUUCUCGGGGCUAUGGCUGAUCCCACAACUCACCAUUGCAGGAAUUGCAGAGGCAUUCAUGGCCAUUGGGCAGAUGGAGUUCUACUACAAGCAAUUCCCCGAGAACAUGAGAAGUUUCGCGGGUUCUAUCUUCUACGUGGGGACGGGAAUCUCGGGUUACUUAAGCAGCUUCUUGAUAUCGACGGUCCAUAAAACGACAAGGAAAACGCCAACGGGAAACUGGUUGGCUGAAGAUCUGAACAAGGGAAGAUUAGAUUACUACUAUUUCAUGAUUGCAGGGAUUCUAGCAGUAAACUUUGCAUAUUUCUUGGUCAUGGCCAAGUGGUAUAGGUAUAAAGGCAGUGAAGAGCAGAUAUAUGAGACAAAUGGAGAUACCACCAAGAACCAGCAGGACAAGAUCUCUGUCUGAUGACACUGAGUUUCAAUGUCCCGUAAUCUUCAUUCUCAGACUUAUUUUUUGGUCGUCUCUCUCUCUCUCUCUCUCUCUCUCUCUCUCUCUCUCUCUCUCUCUCUCUCUCUCUCAAAAGUCGUUUUUCCUCUCUUGUUGUAAUGUCUUCUCGUGGUAGAGAAGUGGGAUUAUAUUAACCAAACCCAUAUUAUGUAUGGAAGAAAUAAAAAGUGGUGUCCAUUAUAUCUUA